AUGGCGAAAGUUAGUACGGCGAAAGUUAGUACGGCGAAAGCCAAGUCCAGUCGGGUGCCUAACAAAGCCAUCUACAGCAGAGUGUCAUACCUCUAUCAAGCGGCAGCAUACAUGGCAGCCCAACAAGAGCACUGCAAGUCCGCCGAAUCCCAGACUACUAAGGGAAACGACUAUGCAGAGCCCGAUGGAAGCUCAGCAGAGUCCCUAAAGCCUCUUUUUCAAUGUGCAUCCAGACGUCUUGUCGCCGAGUUCCGAGCCGUUUCCCACAAAGCUCUAUUACGAAUCUCACCAGCCAUGAAGCACUCAAUCUGCAAGGGCUGCGACACAAUGUUGAUUGACGGGUCAACUUGCACAAAUGAAAUCGAGAAUAGGAGCAGGGGAGGAAAGAAGCCUUGGGCAGAUGUCCUUGUGCGGAAAUGCAGCACUUGUGGACUGGCCAAAAGGUUUCCUGUGGCUGCGAAGAGGCAGAAGAGAAAACAGGAUCGGGGCUUCCCAGAGGAAAUCGCCAUGGAGGCAGAUCCGUAG